AUAAUAUCACUUGUAGUUGGCAGUUGCAUCACCAUAAUAAAAAUAUAAAUAUUGAUUAUUGACAUACCUAUUUGUAAUAUUGUGAUGAUAAAAUAAUGAAUCCGAAAUGUAAAAGUAUCCGAAUUCUUAACUGAAUACAGCUAACAAUUUAUUAAGAAGUGGAUAUUCAAAAUGAAAAUAAUUUUAUAGUAUUGACUAUUGGACCAUUCGAAUAAUUCGAAAUGAAUUUAGGUGGCACCUUGAGGAUUAACAAGUUUGCUUGUUUUGUAUUAAUUUUCCUACUUUUUCUCAUAAUAUAUUGGCGGUCCGGUGGUAAUGGGUAUCCAUCAGACACCAGCGAUCUAGUUAAUAUCAAAUCGAUUUUAAAAGCAGCUAUUAUAGCAGCAGAGCGUGGAGGAGAAGUGAUUGUCAGAAAGGGUCAGGGCAUUGUGAGGAGCAAAGGUAAAACGAAAGAAGGCGCCAAUGACCCCGUUACAGAUGCUGACUAUGCUUCUCAUUGUGCCAUGUACUUCACUCUAAAAAAUGCAUUCCCGAGGUUGUCUGUAGUAUCUGAGGAGCAUGCAGUGAGUGACUCCAGCUGUCAGGAUCAAGAUCCUAUCGACGUGGAGGCUGCACUCCAUGGGCAGAGGCAGAUAAAUUAUAUGGCAGAUGAGCAUGUUUAUGCUAAAGAUGUCACUGUAUGGAUUGAUCCCUUAGAUGCUACACAAGAAUACACAGAGGGACUGUAUGGUUAUGUGACAACCAUGGUGUGUGUAGCUAUUAAUGGAGUGCCAAUCAUAGGAGUCAUUCAUUAUCCAUUCCCACCUACCACAUAUUGGGGAUGGGUCUCUAAGAAGACUUCCAACAACAUACCCAAUGUAUUAUAUAACAAAGAAAUCAAGAAUCACCCUCAAGUUGUUGUGUCCCGCUCCCACCCUGGUAAAGUGACAGAGUUAGCCAAGAAAGCAUUUGGACAGGAGACAAGCAUUUCAAGUUCGGCUGGUGCGGGAAACAAAUUCAUGAGUAUAGUUAACGGCACCAACAAUGUUUACUUACAUGAAACUGCAAUCAAGAAAUGGGACCUAUGUGCUGGACAUGCCAUUUUAAAAACUAACAAUGGUACAGUGACAACGACAAAGGGCAACAUCAUAGACUACUCAAGUGCUGGUAAUGCUGUGGUGAAGGAGGGCAUAUUGGCUAGUUUGUAUGAUCACGAUUAUUAUUUAAAAAGACUAUUGGCAACAUUUUCUUAAUUAGUUGUAAGAUUUAAAUAUUGGUAAAUGAAAGAUCAGAGAUAUAUAAAUAAAUGUAUUUUAUUGUAUAAUACAAAGUCUAUAUAAUAUAUUAUUUUAGUGUAAAUUGUGAUAUCAUCAGGUAUGAGAGUAAUAAAUGCUUGCUAGGCAGUAAUUUUUUAUCUAUCCUGGUGUGACAAGUAACUGUAAGUAAAGAUCAGCAUUGAAAUGAUUCGGACACUUGUAACAAAUACAGUCAUAACUCACGAAUUUCUUUAAAGCUUCGCUAUCCUAUACUUACAUAACCAUGAUCCACUUAUACAAUAUUAAAGAAAUGGUGAAGAAUUCAGGUAAAUAAAGAAUGCACUUCCUUUGGCAUUGUAGAGGUUUCCCGGCAACUUGAUCAGACUAUACAGUUAACAUAUAACCAGUUACUGUCCCUUAAUGAAGCAGCCAUUUACGAUAGGUGAUGCAGGGAGACAGAAGAAACACCUCCACAUCACUCCUUGAAAUGCACAAUGUCUCAAUCAAGACGCUAAGUGUGUAAUAGCCCAGUCAAAGUAACUUUACAUGAAUUCUGUGGCAUUAAUAAUAUGUGCUCUUUUAGAAAUUCAGUGGUUAUAAUAUUAUGUUGAUUGAAUGCCCUCACAAUGUAUGCAAUUUAAGUGAAGUGACCACAUACAACAAAGAGUGACUUGAAUCAUUGAUGAUCAAGUCAUCUCCAAUAAACUUGAUUCUUUGGUGUUGCGUGGAGAUGUGGGUUCUCUCUGCAUCUUCUAUCGCGUUUAUCACGCGGAGUGCCUAGAGGAGUUGUUCGGGUUGAUUCCAGUUGCCGAAUUCCACCACCAGACAUUACAUCAAAAUGCAAAAUACCACCCACAUCACAUAGACGUCUGGCAUUCCACAACCACGCGUUUCGCAAGAAAUUUCUUGUCUCGCACAGCCGCUUUGUGGAAUCAAUUCCUGAACCAAUAAAUAGACUUAGGGACCUUCAAAAAAAGAGCAUACUCUCACUUUAAAGGCCGGCAACCAAUCCCUUGGCACCUGUUGUUGCGGAUGUCCAUGGGCGGUGAGUCUCAUGUCCAAUUGCCCCCUCUUACAUAAAAAAAAAUUACCUGCUCAUUUUAAAUCUGAUUAAAAGUAGAAAACCUAGAGUUAAAUUUUUGCUAUCUUUAUCAUAAUAUGACAUUUUUAUUUAUUUACUACUUACUACCUUUUAAAGUAGAUAUUCAUGUUAAAAUAAAAUGUAUACUUUAAUGGCCUUACAAAUAAACUUUGUAAAAAAGUUAUACCUGAGAAGAAUCCAAGAAUAUGCAAAUUGUAUACAAAUAGACAAUUUGCAUAUGCUUGGUUCGGACGCAUAACGUUUCCCGCGUUUCAAUUCAAUUUUUUGUGUUAUGGCGUGUGGCUGCACCAAUCGGGCGCUUUCCCGCGUAUUUGCUAGAUUACCUGACAUUAGGAAAACUUCAGAAUUAUCAUUGUAUUGACAUUGUUGUCAACGAUAUAGUUAACAUUUUGCAUAUUCUUGGUUUACUCUUAGAUAUAACUUUAUAUUUUUGUAAGGCCGUUAGUCUAAAUUAUUAUUUUAUAUGGCUAUUUUUAUAAAUAAGUACCCUGUGCUAUUUAUUUCCUUUAGUGUGAACUUCGAUCAAAUAGGCACUAAAUCAAAAAUGUUGUUGCGAUAAUUUUGUAAUCUCCAGGUAGGGGAAGGGUAGAAUAGAUAUGAAACCAUAAUAUACCAUUUUCCUGAUAUUGACUGCUGAAUCUAGUACAUAUUUGGUCGAAGAGUGUGACUGCAUGAAUGAUAUCGUUAAGUAGAUUCAUAAUGUUUGUUGUGAAUACAUUAUACGUAGGUAGGGUGUUCAAUAAAAAGUGAAUAUGCUCGUGUUGUUGGUAACUUUUUUUAAAUCUAAUUUUAUUUUUCAAUAUAAGUUUAAGUGUUAGUUGCCUUUUAGCUUAAAACGUCUACACAAAUAAAAUUUGAAAACAAAAUUUUAUGAACGAUGCAGGACUCGAAUGCACGACCUCUCGCGUUCCGUGCGAGUGCUCUCCCAACUGAGCUAACCGUUCGAAUGACACAUCGUCAUAAAAUCUUGUAUGCUUUGUUCAACUCUCAGGUUGUGGCUUCAUUUAAUCCUAGAAGAUCACUUGAAAAUUGUUUAAAACGUCUAAGUAUUUUUUCCUAAAUUCAAAUUGAAUUUGAAUUAUCUCUCUGUGUCCCUUCAAAUAAUCCUCCUACCUUGUGGGCUAGGCAGUGUUCACAACCUGAGGCCAGGCAGCUAUCAUACCAAGGCUGUAAUAUUAUAGUAUCCAACAGAAUAAUGACUUUAAUUAUUAAUACAAUAAAAAUUAUAUGAAACGUGAGAAUAACUGAAAUAAAUCACAUUAAAAGACGCUAUCGAUAUCGAUCGCUGAUUGGCCGACAGUAUUAUUGUUUGAACAUGACAACACUGUACUUUAUUUUUAAUGCCGUGGAGGAUGUGGACUGUUCAUGUUAUUAAUUUCAAUAGAAUUAUAUAAUUAGUAAUAAUAGUGUUCAGUUAUUUACAACCCCUUAUAAUAAAUAAAACAUGUUCCGUACUAAAAUUUAAAGCACAGAUAGGUACUAACUGCACGCAAUAAAAUUUUCGAGAACACGCUCCGGCGAACUGAAAAUAAGACUUCCAUUUCUAAACAAUAGAAUAUUAAUAUAAUUAUUUCGCUUUUUUUAAUCUGAUCAUUAAUAUUCCAGCUUUGUCACUAUUCAUUGAAUGCCCUUCGUUUAUUAGGUAGCUAUAGCUAAAUAUUUUACUGUACACAUUCAUGUUUUUAUUUAUUUUUGAAAUAGAUGGCGCAUCAAAGAUGAA